GAACAUCAAAACGCCUGGGAGGUCGAGUUCAAGAAUCCCUGCGCGCUGUACGGCAAUGCUUGCGAAUCCGUUUCCAAAUAUUUUUACAUUGUCGGUGUCGAGCGAUUUAGGUCGGAAUAUUCGCGAAUAAAUGCCAGAUUGAUAUUUUUGGUGGUGGAUUUAGUGUUGUAUCUGGUACUGAGUGUUUGGUGCAUCUUGGAGCUCUGGGGCGACAUGGUGGACGUGAUAUUUUGCAUCGUAACAAUUGGGGUGGCUUUUCAAGGAUUUAUUAAAAUGAUUUGCUUUACGAGCAUGUCAAUCUACGACCUACAUCAGAGCAAUUUGCAGUUUUACUCAAAAAUAAGUAAAUUUCCAGAAGUUCGCAGAUCUUUGCUGAACACGGCAACUCACUGUAAAAUUGCUGUAAGAGUAUUGGAAAUGUGUUAUCCAUACAUAGCAUCGCUCAUUUUGAUUUUACCGAUGAUUAUUUCACUGAUGUAUCACAGCUAUGAGCUGCCGUUUGGAUUUUUCUUUCCUGUGAUCGAUCGGGAAACCUUAAUUGGAUACCUAAUAAACUAUGCCUAUCACGCACUCCAGCUGUUCGAAGCAAUUGCCGGUCUGAUGGCUUCCGACAUGUGCUUCUUCGUUCUUAUCAUGAGUGGAGUAGGGCAGCUUGACGUUUUGAUCAUUUAUCUGCAAAAACUUGGUGAAAUUACGAUGAAAUGUGAUGGGUCCCAGAAAAACGACGAACAGUAUCAGCUACUGGUUGAGAUUGUCGAAAAACAUGUCGAACAUAUUGCAUACCUCAACAAGAUGGAAACACUAAAGAAAAACUACUUUUUCGGAAACUUUGGAUGUCUAAUUUUUGAAACUGUCACCUCAUUAUACGUUAUAGCAACUGUUGACGAAAUUUGGUACCCCGGAUUCAUCAUUGUCUUCGGUGGCAUAAUUCAGAUAGGAUUACCGUGUGUUCUGGGAACCCUGCUUUCAAACAAGAACGACCAGUUGAUCCGGGAGAUCUACAACACCCCGUGGAAUAUGCUGUCAGUUUCCGAGCAAAAACUGCUGCAACUGUUGCUUCAUUCUGCCCAAAAUCCGGUCGUUCUUUCGGACGGAUUUUGCCCCAUAAAUCUGUUCAAUUUUGUUUCGAUCUACAAGAAAAUUUACUCGUUCCUGAUGAUGUUGCUGAGUAUCAACUAAGAACUAACUAAUGGAUAUUAAUCAACGAUAGAAAAGAUUGUCAUACAAAAUCAUUUCAUAACCCAGAAA